AUGGCCCUGAAACCUCCUCUAAGUGAAGAACCUAUUCAACAUGCUGUAAUUGAUGUAUUUUCACUCAAUGACGGUAAACUUUCAGUUGAGCAACAGAUUGAAGUUUAUGUCAACGAUUUAUUCAAUGUUCAAGAUAACAAGGCGAUUUCCCUCCAAGAAGUCCUGGAGGGUCUUUGCUAUGUAAUGGAUUACCGUAUCAAAGAUGGCAAUCAACCCCACUUGGAUCAAAGUCUGAUGAAGAGACUAUCUGAAGGUCUCUUACUCAACAUGGGCCACACGGAGGGCCAUCUCUUGAAAAAGAAGACCACCGAAGCCGCUGAUAUGGCCUUUUACCUUUACGGUGAUUUCCUGCAACAGGUUCAUGAGUUCCGUAGGGUAACCAGCGAAAUGGAUGUGUCUGAUUUACGCCGCCAACUCAAGAUCCACUACCGAUGUCAGCCUACCUCGUCUACUCAACAGCAGAAGCGAGGCGCUCUGGCUAUGGUCAUGCUCUUUGCUCGUUUCUUUCCCAAUCAGUUUGCUGACUGGCGUGAUUUGGUCAAGGAAAGCGAACAAGGUGACAUGGAGCGUCUGCUCAAUUCCUCGCUUGCUCAAGAGGUGAAAACAAGCGACGAGAAAACCGCUAUGCCAUCUCUCAACAACCCUUUGGCUGAUGUCAUUUUGCCUCCUCCUCAAGCCCUCUACUUUGAUCGCUCUGUCGACAAGCUGUUGGGCAUGUUCUCUCAAACCGACAAGGACAAUGGUUUGCCUUCCGACUUGGUGCCUGCCUUGAGGGAGCAAUACGGCACAAAUCAACUACCCAAGCCUGCUCGUCCCAAUGCGCUCAAAAUGCUGUGGGAGCAACUCACUGAUUUUAUGGUCCUGAUCCUGAUCGCCGCUGCCAUUGUCGAGGCAGCUGAAAAAGAAUUCAACAGUAUGAUCGUCCUGCUUAUUGUCGUUGUGUUAAACACCAUCAUUGGCUUCAGUCAAGAGUGGAAGGCCAGCAAGACGCUCAAUGCGCUGGUGAAUUUGGAAGUGCCCCAAGCUGCAGUAGUUCGUGAUGGCCAACAACAAAUGAUAGGAUCAGAAGAGCUGGUGCCUGGUGAUUUAGUUGUUCUGGAGGAAGGUGAUGCUGUCCCUGCUGAUAUCCGUCUCAUUGAAGUCGCUCAACUGGGUGUCAUUGAAGGCAUCCUUACUGGCGAAAGUGUCCCUGUUCAAAAAAACGUGCAAGCCAUCAAGGCCAAGACUCGAAAGAUUCCUCUCGGUGACUGUAAGGGCAACGCAUUCAUGGGAACGACUGUUACUCGCGGUCGAGCCAAGGGUGUGGUGGUCAGAACUGGCCCCAACACUGAAAUUGGUAAAAUUAGUGCUGCUAUUCAAAGUGGGUCUAAACACAAGGUCAAGACCCCCAUCCAAAGAAAGCUGUCCAAGCUAGGUAUCUACCUUGUAGCCCUAGCCAUCUUUCUGUGUGCUUUGGUUGUCGUUAUUGGUGUUAUCUGGAAGCGAGAUGCUCGUGACAUGGUCAACAUCGGUCUCAGUUUAGCCGUGUCUGUGAUUCCUGAAGGUUUGGUUGCUGUUACCACAGUGACCAUGGCCAUUGGUGUUCGCCGAAUGGCAGCCAGUAAAUGUAUCGUGAGAACCCUGCCAGCUGUUGAAUCGCUGGGCAGUGUCACUGUCAUCUGCUCUGACAAGACAGGCACACUGACUGAAGGCAAAAUGGGCACUUCUGAGCUAUGGACAACCGAUAAUUCACUCUACCGAUUCACUGACUCGACCUCGAUGGAUCCUGGUCAUGGUGAGAUCAUAUGCGAACCCCAGGGAUUACGCCGCCGUAUGAUUCAUAUUAGACAUACAGCACCCACCUCACCUCCUCCUACUGUCCCUAAAGGGAACGAUGAAGAACGCAACUUGAAUGCAGAACACCCACCGCAACAACAAACAAUCAAUUAUGCAGACAUGAGACCCAAGCCCGUUGAUACAGCAAAGCCGGAUGCCUACACCAAGCAAUUAUAUCAUGCAUUGUUGAUCUCCAGCUUGUGUAAUAACUCAUCGAUUCGUCGCGAUGAGGAUACCGGUGAAAUCAAGUCUAUUGGUGAUCCCACUGAAGUUGCAUUGACUGUCGCUGCUCAAAAGGCUGGUUUAGGCCGUACCUACUGGAAUGAUUUAGGCUACAAAAAGGUGUUUGAACGUGCCUUCGAUAGUGAACGUAAACUCAUGAGCUCCGUGUUUACUCAACCUGGCGCUGAUGCUGAGCUGAUCAUGACAUGUAAAGGUGCCCCUGAAGAGUUACUCAAGAAAUGUAGUCAUUUCAUGCACUCCAAUGAUGCUACUGCUGCUGCUAGUCAAAUGACUGAUGAUUUCGCUUCCCAAGUCUAUGACGAAAAUGUGAGAAUGGCCUCGCAAGGUUUGCGUGUGUUGGGUCUAGCCUACAAGACAAUUCCUCGGGACAGUGUCUCUGAUGCUGACGCUAUCUCUGAAGAGCAAGACCAAGAUGAACCUUCAUCAUCAAAAGCUACCAGCCCCCAUUUAGCCGAAGAGCAGCUCAUUUUCGCUGGUCUUGUCGGUUUGAUUGAUCCACCCAAGAAAGGAGUCAAGGAAGCUGUUGCAACUUGCCAGCAAGCGGGUAUCCAUUGUAUAAUGAUCACUGGUGAUCAUAUUGAAACUGCUACUGCUAUUGCUAGUCAAUUGGGCAUCUUCCAAAACGACACACCUGGUAUGAGUCGUGCCAUCUUGGGCCGAGAGUUGGAUCUCCUGUCUGACGAUGCUAUCAUUGAAUUGAACCCAUUCCCUAGUGUAUUUGCUCGUGUUAGCCCUGAUAACAAGUUGUCUAUUGUACGUGCUUUGCAACAACGAGGUGAAUUGGCUGCUAUGACUGGUGAUGGUGUCAAUGAUGCGCCUGCUAUUAAAAGAGCAGAUGUUGGUGUUGCAAUGGGACAAGCUGGUACAGAAAUUACAAAGCAAGCUGCUGAUAUUGUACUCGUCGACGACAACUUUACAAGCAUUGUCAAGGCUGUCGAAGAAGGUCGCCAUGUAUUUGACAACAUUCUCAAGUUUAUCGUCUAUCUGUUGAGCUGUAAUGGUGCCGAGAUUUUCCUGAUGCUGAUUUGUACUAUUGCUAACAUUGAAGUGCCAUUGUCUGUCAUGAUGAUCUUGUGGGCAAACAUCAUCGCGGAUAUUCCUCCUGCCAUGGCUUUGGGUGUCGAGCCAAAUGAAAAGGACUUGAUGCAGAGACACCCUCGAAAUCCCAAGAUGGGCGUCAUUACAAACCUUACCUGGCUGAUCAUCUUUAUCAACUCCAUGCUGAUUGCUGCUUUGGCCAUUGCUGCUUACACCAUCAGUUUGUACGUCCUGAAAUUUGAGCUGCAAGUGGCUAGAUCAAUGACCUUUACAACACUGACGACAAUGCAACUCGUCCAUUCAUUCAAUGCAAGAAGUGUGCAUCAGUCUGUGUUCAAAACGGGCAUCACUAGUAAUCGAUGGAUGAUUGGCGCAUUUAUCGUUUCCUUUGCAUUCAUGAUUCUGGGCAUCUACGCUCCUGGCAUCUCGACUUGGUUGGAACUCACGCAUGUCGGUUGGGAGUCUUGGGUCAUGACAAUGGUGAGUGUCAUCGUCUUGGUCUCCUUUGUUGAAAUUGAAAAACUGCUCAUCAGAAGAAAGAUGCCUGAUAAAAUCUAG